UAACGGCGUUCCAUACUAGAGUAGUAGUUGAUCUUUCGGAGUACAGUACAAUGUCCGUGUGUUUUCCAUCCGUGUUUCGUCGAAAAGGGAAACAAACUGAAUGUUCUUCUACCAUUUAGGCCUGGAGUAGGUCUAAUUCGAUGUGCAUGAGAAUGCUGUUGAGUAUGACCCCUAGUGCUUUCAGAGGUAUAUGUGUCUGUUGGAGAUGGUGCAGUAUUAGCUACACAUGUCUUCUGUUACUGAUGUGUUGCUCUGUUCAAUAUGCACAGCUUAUGGAAACAGAGAAACCCUCAAGACCCCAAAGCCUGAGCUGUACUGGACACUUAUUUGAGAAGGCUUCAUGUACAUGGACACGUGGACCAGUCAAUACAAACCUUCCAGUCACAUACCAAGCACAGAAAAAAUCCAGUUUAAGAGAGUGGACAAAUUGCAGUACAUCAGCUGAUAAUAUAUGUGACAUCGGCGGAAAUGCUCUUCACUACUCUGUUCAAGUGCGAGAGGUUAACGAACUUGGUAGCAGUGAAUUUAUUAAAACUGAGUACAAUAUGAAUGAGGAUGUUCGACCCUUACCACCAACUGAUUUAACACUGAACCAUUCUAAUGAAAGCAUAAUAUUGGCAAGUUGGAGGGUUUCGGAUGGAUGGAAAGAACACUCUUAUUACCUUGAGUAUCAACUUCAAUACAGACCCAUCUCACCAGGUUCAAGUUGGCGUAAGGUUCCUGAUGGCCGAUUACUGAUAGAGGGUGAAGAUAUAAAUGACUAUGUCAUAAGAGAUCUGGAGGCGUAUACAACUUAUGAAGUGCAAGUGAGGGCUAAAUAUCAUCAGGCUUCUGUGGCUGGUAAAUGGUCAUCAUCCUUCACUAUAACAACGAAGGAAGAAUAUCCUUUUGGACAAGUUGAUGUAAUGUAUGAAGAAACAGAUAGCGAGGAUAACAAAGAAACCUACAGGAACAUUCUAUUGAAAUGGGAGGUUCCUGAAGAGAUGAAAGCCAGAGGGAAAAUUCUAGGUUUUGAAAUUGAAUUGUAUAAGAAUGGAGUGUACCUCAAUACAACCAAGCUGAACAAUGGCAGCAUCACUCAAUACACUUAUAAAAAUUUACUACGAGAUGCAAAUUAUACUGUAUACAUAAGUGCUUUCAACUCUGUAGCCAGUAGCACUCCAGCUAUACUCAACAUUCCUCCUUCACCACUCUCAAUACCGCCCUCUGCAAUUAUUAUUGCUGUGGCAGUUAGCAUUGCUAUUCUUGUCAUCUUUCUGUUACUUGGGAUGGUGUGGAUUCGGAUCAGGAAAUCUGAAAUUUGCCUUCCUCUUCCAGACCCAAACUUCAGUAUUUUUAAGUGGGAUCAAAUUCCAAGCGCUAGACCAUAUGCUGAAGAUGAGGUCUUCGAUGAAGUCAAGCAAAGGCGAGCAGUACCAACAAAAGAUGAACUGGAUAAGCUCCUGGAGAGGCUGGGAGAUCCAACAUUAAAAGAUACCGUAUUUGACCUCCUGCUCAGCAAGUUUUCUAUUGACCAUGAUUGGCAAAGAAUUCAACAAAGGAGGAGUCGACUACUAAGCAAUAAUACUGAGAUAAGCUUCUUAAGCGUGGAUGAUGAAGAGGAAAAUUUGAUCUGUAGUUUAGAUUCCAUGCCAAAGAAUACAGUGAUGUCAAACUUCAUGCAUUUACAGAGAGAAUCCCUUGAUAAGUUGGGUGUUCAUCAUUCUAUGCCCAUGCUAGAUAAAAAGUAUACCAAGGAUGAUGUCAAUGUGAAAGAUGAAUCUUACACCUCAGACUCGGGAGAUACUAGUGGUAUUGGCUCUGAAUCAUCGGAUCAAGACUUGGAAAAUGAAAGUCAGUUGAUGCUUCGUCAAAGCCUACCAGAUGUUCAUUGCACUUCCAAAGUUCCUGAAGCUACUCUUGGUAAGCCCAAGGCUGUUAGUCAAUACACAGAUUUUGAUGGAAUUCCUAAAGUGCCACAGAAAAGCCACAAUAAAGCUACAUCAUUAUGUACGAGACCUGGAUACAUAGCAGCAAAGGAUGUUGCCAAAGUAGUACAAUCACCACACGAUUGUCAAAGAAGUUGUCAAAGAACCACACAACCUACUGUCUCAGAAUAUCUGGAUGCAGCGCAGAUGCACCAAUGGCAGACUCAUCAGGCAAAACAGAAGCAACUUCGGCAUAUGCAGAGAAAACCAAAAGCAGACAAUGGCUAUGUCGAUGUUAAAAAUAUGCCUAAAUUUGUUGGGCAUCAUUCAAAUAUUCUUACUCAAAAAAUGCCAAAAAAAUCAGUGUAUGUUCAACAUAGAGAAUUGCCUGCCUUGUUGGCAUCUGUAAACCAGUCAAGUGCAAACAGCCCAUCUCAUCCUGCAGUUGAUUCAAUUAAUGAGAAUGCUAUUAAGCCACCCUCUGUGAAAUUUAAAGUAACAAAUGAAAAACAGCAUGAGGUUAAACAAAAGCUAAUAUCCACAGAAGAUACAAAGAUGGGCCCAGAAGUCAACAACAACCAAAGUGUGAUUUCAAAAGUCUCUUCAUAUGUUAAGGGUGACUCUAACACAUGUUCUGGUAUUAAGAAGCCAAUGAGACCUUCUGUCAGACCAUCUCUAAAACCAUGUGCCUCUGAAGAAACAAUUAAAACUGAGAAGAAAUCAAGUGAGGAUAAUGGAAUGCAAAAUGCUAAUGAGAAAAUUAUGAAUGAAUCUGUUAAAUUAACUGUUCAAGAUUCUGUACACCGUAUCAUUAAUAACAUAGCUUAUAAAUCUGAAUCAGGCUCCACAUCAAUGAAAUCCACACCAUGUACUUCGCCAUCCAACCAACCACUUACACACUACGUCACUCUCAGUGAAGUAGAGAGAAUAAAUAAAAACACAAAAAAGGCUGUCAUGUAUAACCAGAGAGAUCCUCAAUCACAGGCUUCUCACUUGAAUUAUACCAAAAAAGCAGAGCAAAAAUUAUCUUCAUUGCCAAAUGGAGCAUUACCACAACGUAAUGUUGAAGACCUUCAAAAGAGAGCUACUGUUCACCCUGCAUCAAAACUAACAGCAUCUGGAGCAUCAGGCUCGCAGAAAAUCAAUAGCAGGGGAUUGCCAGUGCAAAACCCAGCCUCUGGUACCUCAGGGAAACAGAAUAUCAGUAGCAGUGCCUUGUCAAAAGUAGAAUCACCAUCUAGGAUCUUGGGCCCACAGAAUUUGCCGAAACAAAACCGACCGUAUGUGACCUCAUGCUCACAGAAUAUGAAGCCACUGUCUAGGAGCGCUGUCCAGAAUGUGAAUGGCAGUGGAGUACCAAGGCAGAGACCAGCUUCAGGGACUCCAGCUUCACAGUAUAUCAGUGGUAGUGGCAUGCCAAAACAAAGUCCAAUACCCAAAAGCUCUGCCAGGUGUAAUGCUAAUGGCAGUGAAAUGCAAAGACAAGGCCUUCCUGCUCGUUCUUCAGUCCCACAAAAUAUCAGUGGCAGUACCUUGCAAGGAGAAAAAUCUUUAUCUGGGACCUCAGGCCCAUGUAAUAUUCAUGGUAGUGGAUUGCCAAAGCUAAGCCCACCUUCUGGUGCCUCAGCCCCACAGAAUAUUAGUGGCAGUGCAGUGCAAAAAUCAAGCCCAAAAUCUGGGAUGUCAGGCCCAAAGAAUGUUAAUAGUAGUGCUUUGCCAAGACAGCUAAAUAAUUCCAAAGCGAAUCAACAGGGUGGUUAUAUACCAAUUCUGAGUCUAGCUAAUUCUAAUACAACUGCAUCCAGUCCUCUAGUGCAACCUGCAAAACUUCCAAAUCGCCAGACACCAGUUCAAUCAAGAUCACAUUUCAAGAAUCAGGGAAGAAUGAUGAAGGGUCAAUUUAAAGCAGCAAAAAUUAUAUACAAAGUUUCUCCAUCUUUAUAGAAUAAGAAAAUAGGAGGCAAUGUUUUGAAGAAUUCCAUACACCCUAUUUGCAACUAUUAUAUUUAUGAAUAUUACAUUUAUAUUUUAUGUUUUACUUAUACAUAAUGUAUAUACAAUAUAUAAAUAUAUAUUUAUAUGUAUAUAUAUAUAAUGUAUAUAU